GCAUGCACAGCACAACCAACCAAGCGUACCGGACGCGAGCUCGACGACUGAAAAAUCGCAAACCCCGGCAAGGAGGAAGCUUCCGCGAAGCUCACUCCCGCCCCCGUCCUCCGCCUAUUUAUCGCCGCCUCCCUCCUCCGCCUCCACCCACCCCACACAUCUCCAUCAACCCAUCCCUCCGUCCUUCCUUCCCUCCACCCCCCGCCGCAUUCGUCUCCUUCCCGUCCCGGAAGAGGAAGAUGAAGCUCUCCAUGCAGUCGCUGGCCCGGAAGCUCUCCAUCCCGUCGCCCAAGCGGGGCAAGAAGCAGCAGCAGCAGGAGGAAAGCGGCAAGCGGGGCAUCUCCCGGAGCGAGGCGCCGUCGUUCGCGUCGGCCUCGUCCUCCUCCACCGCCUCGUCGUCUGCCUCCGAGGACGCGCCGGCGAGGGCGUCCACGCCGCGGUCCGUGCUCCCCGCCGAGAUCUCGCGGCGGGAGCUGGAGGCCGUGCUCCGGCGGCUGGGCCACGAGGAGCCCUCCGACGACGAGCUCGACGCCGUGGCCGCCAUCGCCGCCGCCGGCGAGGCCGGCCCCGAGGACGAGCUCAUGGAGGCGUUCAACGUGUUCGACGCCGACGGCGACGGCCGCAUCACCGCCGAGGAGCUCCGCGGCGUCAUGGUCGCCAUCCUCGGCGGCGAGGCCGACGGGUGCAGCCUCGACGACUGCCGCCGUAUGAUCGGCGGCGUCGACGCCGACGGCGACGGCUUCGUCGGCUUCCAGGACUUCGCGCGCAUGAUGAUGGUGUCCACCACCGCGGCGGCCGGCCCGAGAUUCCUGUGAAGCGAACCAACCCGUCGAUGGAUCCACGGCGCCAGGCUCCUCUGCUCCCGCUCUGUUGUGCUCGCCCCCGCCCCCGCCCCCGCCCCGACUUUCCCGCCAAAUUUCGGACGAUGGCAGCGAUGCAUGAGCUUCUUCUUCCUUUUGGCGCGCACCGUAUAACGAGGAUCAUCCUGCUCGAAGUAGUCUACUACGUACUCCUAAAAGGAGAGCAGCCGCUAGUUAAAUCACGACAUGUAAAAUUUGUUGGUGAGCUGGAUCGACCGAGGGUGUGUGCGUGUGUUGGCAAUGAGAAAUGCUUUGUUGCUUGGUUUUUUUUACAACAAACGAUCCUACUCCGGCCAGCUACUGCUAAUAUAAGCACUAUUGUUUUUAUUUAA